AGAGAGAGAGAAAAAAAAAAAGAAGAGAGAGAGAAAGCCAAAGUCCGAUCCAGUGUCCACGAGUUUGAAUAGCUGAGUCUCUCCAAGCAGUAUGGUCCUGAUCGCAUUUGGAUUUCAUUUCCAGCUCCUCUUCAGCUAUGUAUUAUCUCAGUCCUCCUUCAUGGACAACACCUUUUCAUUUCCAGCAGCACUCAAACCUUUGGAGCAGAAGAAAAGAAGUCCUGGCAAUAUAUGUUGUCUUUUAAUGCCUUCACCACCACUAUCCCCUCCUCCCCCAUUGCAGCAGGAACGCAGGAGUCCGAAUGAAGAAAAGAAAGUAGAUGAAGAAAAAAAUAUGAAUGCCUGCAUACCAGGUCCUCCGGGUCCCUCUGGACCAGCUGGACCACAGGGUGAACCAGGAAUUCCAGGUGUAAUGGGACCAAAGGGGGAGAAAGGAGAAAUUGGCAGACCUGGCUCAAAGGGAAGAACAGGCCCACCAGGUCUCCCAGGAAAGCAAGGGCCACUGGGGCGGUCAGGACCAAAUGGGCCUAUGGUCAGUUUAGGUGAAAAGGGAGAUCUGGGGCUAAUGGGACUGCCAGGUGUAAGAGGACCAACGGGCCCCAAGGGUUUGUCUGGAUUUAAAGGAGAGAAGGGAUCGAGAGGAGACAGAGGGGAAUCAGGCCAGAAAGGAGAGAAGGGCAACAUGGGCUAUCCUGGAAUGCUGGGACAGAAGGGAGAAAUGGGUCCUAAGGGAGAGCCUGGGAUAGUAGGUCACCGCGGUCCAACCGGAAGACCAGGAAAGAGGGGGAAACAAGGAGUAAUGGGUAACAUUGGUGCAUCAGGACCGCUAGGCCCUGUGGGUCCUCCUGGUCCCGCUGGGCACCCGGGCCCACCAGGACUUCCUGGAGCAGGGCAUGUCAGAGUUGGACCAAAGGGUGACAGAGGAUCUCAGGGACGCCCUGGUCAGUGUUUCUGCAACCCACCAGUGAGCAUGAUCCACCCCCCCUAUGAGGUGCCCCCACCUGCAGCCAAUUACCCCAAAGUCCCAGCGAUAUUCGUGGUGAAUAAUCUAGAAGAACUGGAAAGGCUGAAGACUGAUAAUGCGCUGGCAUUCAGUAGAGAUCAGAAGUCGCUUUAUUUUAAGGACACUGAAAAAUGGCUUCCAAUUCAGUUCUCACCCUUCCAGCAUAUUGAGAACCCCCCAGAUCCCGAAGGCGUCUGUGGGGAUGGGUUAGUUCAGGAGCACAAUGGAGAGGACUGUGAUGAUGGUAACAAGGUCGUUACAGAUGGCUGCAUCAAAUGCAAAAAUGCUUAUUGUGGAGAUGGGUAUCGAUAUGAUGGCGUAGAAGAAUGUGAUGGAAAAGACUUUGGUUAUCAAACAUGCAAAGCACAUCUUCCUGGGUCUUACGGAGAACUUAAGUGCACCUCAUACUGUUUCAUUGACUCUACAAACUGCAAGUUUUUUACAUGAAGGAAGAAAACAAAAGUGUGGAUUGCAUCCCACAGUGUCACGUACACCUGGUGCUAUUACCCAAUCGAAAAGACUGAGGCAAUGCAAAAACAAAACUAAACAAAAACUAAACAAGGCAUACAAGUUAAACCCUCCGUUUUCUUGCUGCUGAAAGGCGUGUAGCUGAUGGGAUUUCUAUAACCCAAAUGUUAGUCCAGAAACACAUAGGACCAUUGCAUUCUGUCUUAAUAAUUCAACAAAGGAUUAAUUAUGGUUCGCUGAGCUGAAAUUAUGAGAAAUUUACCAAAGCUGACAGGCACUGUUAGGGAAUUCUCACCUGGAACAGCCAUUUUUUCAUGGGCUAAAGUGAAGUUAGUCUAUAACAACAAUUUAGAUUGAGCCAGGUUAUUUAUCUGAAGAUACUAUAUGAUACAUGUAAAUAUUAGCAAAUUUAUCAGCCGUAAUAACCAAAGUGCCCAGUAUGUGGCAGAGUUAGUGAAAAGCCACCUAAUCAGAGAUUUGUACUAGCUGCAGUACUGGGUUUUUGCAGUACUAGCCCUUAAUUUGCAGAUUACAAUUUGUGAAUGAGCCCCUCCCCCCCAAGUUAUGUGGCCUCCACCUGUGUUAAAUUGUAGUGAUUCACAUGAUUUCAGCAUAAAUUAAUCAGUUCUUGUUGGUUCCCUCUGCUGGGUAGUGGAUGUCAAAGCAAAGACUCAACCAUGAGUACCAAGGCGUUUUCAAAAGAACUCUG